AUGGAUAAAACCAAAGAGCCCAUUGCCAUUGUUGGUAGCGCCUGCCGGUUUCCCGGAGGCUGUGAUACUCCCUCAAAGCUUUGGGAGAUGCUGAAGCAACAGCGUAAUAUCUUGCAGAAGAUUCCGAAAGACCGCUUUAAUACAGACCCGUUCUACCAUCCCGAGCCAACACACCAUGGCACUAGCAAUGCCCAGUUUUCAUAUCUACUAGAGCAAGACAUAGGCGAGUUCGAUGCAAACUUCUUCAACAUCCUCCCGAAAGAAGCCGAAUGUAUUGAUCCGCAACAGAGACUUCUCAUGGAGACUGUCUACGAUGGCAUAACCGCUGCUGGUCUACCUAUGGAGAAGUUGCGCGGGUCGAACACAGCCGUAUACGUGGGCCAGAUGUGCGAUGACUGGCCUGGCAUGCUCCAGACCCAACUCGAUGAGUCACCGCCCUACAUGGCCACGGGUUCGUCGCGAAGUAUUGUAGCUAGUCGAGUCUCAUACUUCUUCGACUGGCACGGUCCAUGUAUGAACAUCGACACGGCAUGCUCAUCGAGUCUGGUGGCUAUUCACGAGGCGGUUCAGACCUUGCGGAGUGGCCAGUCUGGAAUAGACGUAGCAGCCGGGGUUAAUAUUCUGAUUUCUCCAAUGUAUUAUAUAUCUGAGAGUAACCUCCGCAUGCUAUCCUCAGAAGGCCGGUGCCGGAUGUGGGAUGCUGCUGGGGAUGGAUAUGGUCGUGGGGAGGGUAUUGCAUGUGUCGUGCUCAAGACGCUGAGUCAGGCCCAGCGAGACAAUGACCAUAUUGAAUGCAUCAUCCGGGAGACUGGCGUUAAUCAGGAUGGCCGGACCUCUGGAAUCACCAUGCCCAGCAACAUUGCCCAGGCGCAGCUGAUUCGUGAUACCUACCGCCGAGCCGGGCUCGAUGUACACAACCCGCUGGACCAGCCGCAGUUUUUCCACGCCCAUGGCACGGGAACCAAGGCGGGAGAUCCGCAAGAGGCAACCGCCAUCUAUCAUGCCUUCUUCACGAAGGAGACGGAACCAGAGCAGAAGCUGUUGGUAGGCUCGAUCAAAACACAUAUCGGUCAUACGGAGGGCGCGGCGGGACUUGCCAGUCAUGGACAAGUACCUCCAAAUUUGCACUUUAAUGAGCUCAAUCCUGACAUCCAGCCAUUCUACGGCGCCUUCGAAGUCCCAACCUCCGUCAAGGAGUGGCCGGCGCUGAAGCCUGCUCAGGUGCGGAGAGCGAGUGUUAACAGUUUCGGCUUUGGUGGCACCAAUGCCCAUGCGAUAAUGGAGUCUUACGUACCUCCUGGGACAAUCAUGUCCGCACCGUCUCAAUCAACCACACUAUACACGCCCUUGCUCUUUUCUGCGAACUCAAUUGCCUCUCUGCGGGAAAUGAUUUCCAGGCAUCGCGACUACCUGGUAGAUAGGCCCGAAACCAGCCUUCGUGAUCUUGCAUGGACGCUGCAACAUCACCGCUCAACUUUGCCUUACAGGAAGGCCAUCACUGGGCGGGAUUAUGAGAGCAUUAUCGCCCAAAUGGGUAGUGUCUUACAUGCCGAGCCCGCGGACCUGAGUGUUCGGUCCACCCAAUCGACUGAGCCUCGCCUUUUGGCAGUAUUUACUGGUCAAGGUGCUCAGUGGCCCCGGAUGGGUGCCCGCCUGCUGGAGUCGUCGAGCUUUGUGCGCGAUAAAAUUGCUUUUUUAGAUGAAUGUCUCGCCACUCUCCCUGAAGAUGACCGCCCGGAUUGGACGAUUAGUGACCAGAUUUUGGCCACAGGGGAAUCCUCUAGAGUUUUGGAAGCGGCUAUAUCUCAGCCUCUUUGCACCGCUGUCCAGAUUGUCCUGGUUGAUCUCCUUCAAGCAGCAGGGAUCAAACUUGACGCAGUCGUCGGGCAUUCUUCGGGUGAAAUUGGUGCAGCAUAUGCCGCUGGUCUCCUGUCAACCUGUGAUGCUAUCCGCGUGGCAUAUCUCCGUGGUGUCUGUGCCAAGCUCGCAGCUUCUCCAAGUGGUGCGAAGGGUGGCAUGGCCGCUGUCGGUGUGUCAGCUGAAGAUGUACAAGAGGUCUUUGAUCAAGAGGAAAUUCGGGAGGAAAUCAAGGGCAAAAUAUCCAUCGCGGCGCUAAACUCGGGAUCUAGCAUUACCCUGUCCGGGGAUGAGGACGUUGUUCAGACAGUGGUAGACGUCUGCACUAGCCAAGGAAAAUUCGCUCGUCGUCUACGGGUAGAUACGGCUUAUCAUUCAGACCACAUGCUGCCUUGCGCCAAUCCAUAUCUCGAGGCUAUGGAGCGCUGUGGUAUUUCAGUCCAACAGCCUUUGGGAGACCGACCAGCGUGCUUCUCCAGUGUUUACCGUGAUACCAUUAUGGAUGCCAACAAUCUGACCCCGGAGUACUGGGUUCACAAUAUGGUACAGACUGUGCUUUUCUUACCGGCCAUCACCAGGGCUGCCAAGGAGAUUCAGACACUCGACAUCGCAAUUGAAGUGGGCCCUCACCCGGCACUCAAGGGUCCUGCGUUGGAUUCGCUAGGGGAGGUGCAAACGCAGAUUCCGUAUACUGGACUUCUCGGCCGUGGAAAGAAUGACAUAGAUGAGCUAUCUGCCGCUGUGGGAUAUCUUUGGACCCAGCUUGGAUCGGGUGUGGUUGACUUCGAUGGGCUGGAGAGCGCUCUGGCCGGUGACAAGGAACCCAAGACUCUCCUUGUCGAUCUCCCAAGCUACCCAUUUGACCACCAAAAUCGUUACUGGGUGGAAUGUCGCACAUGGAAGGCUAACAGAUUGUCAGACGCAUAUCCAAAUACAUUGUUAGGUUCGUGUCUGACUACCACGAGAAGCCCCGGUAAUGCACAAUGGAAGAACAUCUUGAAGCCAACAGAGAUACCAUGGCUACAGGGGCAUCGACUGCAAAACCAGCUGAUUCUACCUGCUACUGCAUACAUUGUCAUGGCGCUGGAAGCAAUUAAAGCGGUGGCUGGGCAUGCUGCCAUAGCACUAUUCCGGUUGACUGAUUUAGUGCUAAAACGCCCAAUUGUAUUCGACGAUGACAGUUCCAGCAUUGAGUGUAUCUCCAAUUUGCAAAUCUUGGCCUUCAAUGACUCGCAUAUCAAAGCCCAAUUUACGGUUGAGUCAGCACCCCAAGGAGAAUUGUCGUUGCGGGUAAAUGUUGAAGGCUCCAUAGAAGUCGAAUUGGGCAGAUCUAAUCCCGAGAAACUGCCGCUACUCGAGCAUGAUGAUCACUACAAUAUAAACGAGCAAAACCCCGGAAGAUUCUAUUCGGAAAUGAGAAACAUCGGCUAUCACUUUCUCCAGGCAGAAGGCAUCGUGCUAGCACCAUUCAGUCCUGCCCAAGCUCAGGACGAUAAUCAGCUGCUGGGCCACAUAGAGUGGCUACCGGCACUCCCCAAUGGUGCGAAUACGGGGGAUGGCAAGGCCUCCGUAUCUCUGAAUCCAGCAGUGACAAGAGAUGUGGAGCGAAUCUCCCUGUAUUACCUGCGCAAAUUGUGCGAGAUGAGUACUCCGAAGCACCGAAGCCAGGCGCUGCCACACCAUCAGCAGCUGCUCAAGUGGGCAGCAUCUGUUAUCGAUCGGGUCUCGGUAGGCAAGCACCCCUUCAUUGCUAAAGAAUGGAUCUCCGACUCAGAGCAGCUCAUCGAGCAAUUGAGCUGCCGUCAUCCGGACUCAGUGGAAGCAAAAUUGGUAGCGGAGAUUGGCCCGAGUCUUCCCGACCUCGUUCAUGAACAGGGCAUUCUGGCGCACUAUAUCUCCAUGAAUGAGGAGGCCCCCACAAUAAAGCGGGUCCAUGAGCGUCUGGCCGAUUUGGUCAAGCAGAUCAACCACCGUUACGCGCACAUGCAUAUUCUCGGAAAUGGAUCCGGAAACGGAGCCAUGACUGAAAUGAUCGUUUCCUCGCUGGGGACCUCCUUCUCCUCGUACACCUUUACCGAUGUGUCCGAUAACCUCUUCAGUGAGGCCGAGUUUCGCUUCUAUCAGUACGCAGAUCGCAUGAUCUUCAAGACAUUCGACAUGUACCAGGAUCCUACCGCUCAAGGCUUUACCGCCGGAACAUAUGACCUCGUUUUGGUAGGUAAUGGUCUCCAGACGGCCAGGAACCAGGAGCAGGUUUUGUCCAAUAUCCGUCAACUGUUGAAGCCUGGUGGAUAUCUUAUAAGCGCUAGUCCCCUUGCGGAUGAUUCAUUGCGCCUCGGUCUUAUCAUGAGCGAUUGCCCGGAAUAUUGGAACAACCUCCUGGGCCAAUGCCAAUUUUCUGGCAUUGACACCUGCACCCCCGUGGAAGAUGUUCUCCAUGAUAUCCCGGUUUGGGCUGCGCAAGCGGAGGAUGAACGUGUGCGGCUAUUGCGGAAUCCGUUGGGUGCAUCAGUGGAGCUCCCAGACGAGAUGCCACCCUUAGUUAUUAUUGGUGGGAGGUCUUUGGCCACUGUGCAGCUAGUAGAGCAGAUUGCUGCUCUGCUAUCGACCAAAUUUCCAGUCGUGACUCGUCUUCAUUCCCUCGAGGCCCUGAUUACUACGUCCAUUCCAUCCAAAGCUACCGUGCUUAGUCUCGCCGACCUAGAUGGCCUAGUAAUGAAGUUGUGGACUGCCAACAAGUUGGAGGCUUUGAAGUUACUUUGGAAUCAGGCAGCAAGGGUAUUAUGGGUUACCAAGGUGGUCCGAAUGGAAAAGAUAGACCUAAACGUGCAGUUGCUGGAUGUGGAUUCUAUUAAUCCGGGCACUGCAUGUCUGGUGUGUGAGACGUUCUUGAAACACCAACUGCUUCUUACUUGGUCGCCGGACAACUCCACUGAGAAGCUGCUAUGGAGUUAUGAGAACGAAGUGGCAGUAGAAGGCCAGCAGACUCUUAUCCCGCGCCUUUAUUCAAAUGAGGUGGAGAAUAUGCGGUUCAACUCUGUCCGUCGGCCCAUUGUGCACGAGGUCAACCCAUUCGUGUCGACUCUACGAUUGGCCAGCACAGGUGAAUCUUACCAGUUGGAGGAGGUUUCGUCCUUGCGGGUUGCCGUGACACUGCCAACAAUCCGUGUGUGCCAAUCUAUACUGCAGUUCCUCAAGCUUGGCUCGAAUGGCUCUUUCAUGCUCUGCAUUGGCACAAGACAGGAUGAUUCCCAAGCUAUGGUUUCGGCAUUGACUCAGUAUUCUGAGUCUCCAGCACCCGUAGAGCCUGGUUGGGAGAUCGAGUUGCCAUUUUCCCCUGAGGUUGGACGCUUGGCUCUGAUGACCGUGGCCACCCACAUUGUCACCCAGCAGAUGCUGGCUAUGGUACCCAAGAAUGGUACCCUAGUGGUUCAUGAACCAGACAAUUUGCUCCAUGCCGCUCUUUUGGAUGCCGCGGAGAAAGACCGGCUUGAUGUGUGGUUCACCACUUGCCAGCCUGGCCGUAACUCCAACUGGACGUACUUGCACCCUGCCCUUCCCGCUCGCCUAGUCAAAGAAAAGAUGCCUAGCGAGGUCUCUGCUUUUGUCAACCUCGAGGCCCCUAAUGGUUUGGGUGCCCGCGUGGCAGAUGCCAUUGCAGGUUGUGUCCCCCCGCAUGGCGUGCAUGCCUCGGCGACUACGUUUUUCGCUAACCAGCUAUACACCCGCUCGGGGGUUGAGCCGGCUGUCCUCCGUGAACUUCUCCAAAAUGCGUGGCAGUCAGCCUCCACGUCUAGCUUGGCCUUGGAGUUGAUCGAUCCUAUUCCGCUGGGUGAGGUUUCGUUCCACAAUCCGGUGAGAGAAGCCAUCCAGCUGGUUGACUGGAACGUUCCCUCGGUGCCUGUUCAUCUAAGACAAAUUGACGCUGACCCAAUUUUCCGCCGUGAUCGAACCUAUCUCAUGAUUGGUCUCACUGGAGAAGUUGGUCAGUCCCUUUGCCACUGGAUGGCUCGUAAAGGGGCUGGUUGCAUUGUCCUGGCAAGCCGUAACCCCAAAGUUACUCCUGCGUUCCUUCGCAAAGCUGAAGAUCUAGGCGCGACUGUUCGGCCGCUCUCACUGGACAUCACCUGUCGCGACUCUCUUCAACGCUGUCUCCGAGAGAUCAGGCGCAGCAUGCCCCCAAUCGCCGGUGUGGCUAAUGGUGCCAUGAUCAUGGAGGAUGUGCAGUUCGACCACGUAGAAUUUGAGAGCAUGGAACGGUCGAUGAAACCAAAAGUCCUCGGAAGCAAAUUACUGGAUGAAGCUUUCUAUGAUACUGCUCUGGACUUCUUCAUCAUGUUUUCCUCCAUUGCGGGCGUCGUGGGUAACACAGGGCAAAGCACCUAUGCGGCGGCCAACAUGUACAUGGCUGGUCUAGCGCUUAAUAGGCGUAAGCGUGGAGUUGUUGGCUCGGUUAUUGCCUACAGUCCCCUCAUGGGCUUGGGUUACAUUGAUCGCACCGACGAAACCAUGGGCGAUAAGUUCCUUUCCAUGGGUGUCUCCCUCAUGUCUGAGACGGAUUUUCGCUAUGCCUUCGCUGAGGCCAUUAAGGAGGGUCAAGCGAGUUGUCACGAUCGUGGGGAAUUGAUUACUGGUUGCGCGCCAAAGGUUCUGAGUGAUAUUACUCGUAACCGUUACAGGAGUGAUAUUCGUUUUAGCCACAUUAACCUCGAGCGAGUCAACGGCCAAGCGGGUGCUGGCGCAGGGGAUUCCUCUAUCAGAGGCCUGUUGAAGCAGGCCGUUUCUAUGGAGGAGGUCGAAGGGGUCGUGCUCAAUGCCUUUACGGCAAGACUUAAAACCCUACUUCGGAUGUCUACAGAACAGCCCCUCGAUGUCAACAGCAGUCUAGUUGCACAAGGCAUCGAUUCUUUGGUUGCAAUUGACAUCCGCGAAUGGUUUGACCGCGAAUUGGAGAUUGAUAUGCCAGUUAUCAAGAUAUUGGGUGGCUCUUCCAUUGUCACUUUGAUUAAGGGUUGUCUCCAAGAUAUUCCAGAAACUGUAGUCGACAUCAGAAACCUUUCCAACGAAGAUCAGUCAGUAGGCGGGAAGCCAGCAGCACCAGCGGCUGUAACGUCUGUGGUCGAGUCAGCCAUCCCUCUGUCAGAAAGCAAGGACUUAAUUUCGUCCAGCUCUGACAGUGAAAGCGUGGACACAUCAUCCCACUAUGGAACCAGUGACACUGAGCCCGAAGAGGAGAGCACCUGCGAACCUUCGAUCGACUUGGAUCUGCGCCAGUCCACCAUCCAAUCGGCCACCGAGAAAGUUGUUCCUAUGUCCUUCGGCCAAGCCCGUUUCUGGUUCAUGCAGCAUGCCUUACAAGAUCCUUCAGCCCUUAACAUGGGACGUUGCUGGCACAUUGAAGGUGUCUUGGACCUGCCCAGACUGAGAAAGGCAGUCAUCACGGUUGCGGACCGACAUGAGGCAAUGCGAACCCGAUUCUUCUGGGGAGGAGAGGACCAUGACGUUCCUAUGCAGGGAAUCUUAUCGCGGUCUAUUGUUCAGCUUGAGACUAAGCGAAUCACCAACAAGGAGGAGGUAAACCGGGAGCUGGAUGCUAUGCGACACCAUGCCUAUGAUCUCGGUGAUUGGCAGCUUGUGAGAACUCGUCUUCUUACAUUGUCUAACAGAGAACACUAUAUGAUUAUUGGCAAUCAUCCGAUCACCUUCGAUGAUAGCAGUGCCUCGCUUUUGCUCGACGAGAUGAAUCAAGCCUAUCUGGGACAAAGUCUACCUAGCCUUCCCCAAGAGGCUCAAUACUCUUUCUUUGCGGAAGCGCAAUUUCGGGACUACAAAGAAGGGCGUUUCCAGAAACAUAUUGACUAUUUCAAAGCCUUGAUCAAAGAAGAAAACCACCCACUCGAACUAUUUGCUUUUUCCAAGGCCCCAGCCAGACCAGUUCAAACUCAAUACCGCACCCAUCGAUCGGAUAUGCGUCUCUCGUCGAAGCAGGCUUCUCUGCUCAAACAAAUCUCACAGGAUAGGCAUUCGGCCACCUCUGACCUCUAUACUGCCGUUUUGGGUGUGCUUCUGUUCCGUCUGUUGCCCAACACCAACCAGGUAUUGCUUGGCAUCGAUGCCGACCGUAACGACCUGGCUCUGGGAAGAUCCAUGGGGUGCGCGCAUAACGCGUUGCCAGUGCGGCUGGAGAGGCCAGGCAUCAACACAAAGCUUGGGCCUUAUCUUGAUACGGUACGAAAUGCAAUUGAGGGCGUUCUAGAGCAUUCAGCGGUGCCUUUUGAUGUCCUCGUCAAUGAACUCAAGUUGGACCGCUCAGCAAAUGUUCCACCGGUGUUCCAGGCAAUGAUACAGCAUUGCGUUGAAAGGCAAGAUCAGGUUACAUGGUGCAAUGCUACCUGUAAUCCAGAUAAGUCCCUUAAUUCUUGUACCGGACUUGACCUUUACUUGGACAUUACCGAAAACUGUGCGGGCGAGACUGCCGUCGGCUUGGAGGUGCAGCAAGGACUAUACAGCCAGGAGCACGCAGAUCUUCUUGUCAAAUCCUUUGUCUAUCUUCUAGAGCAGCUCACCAGAAACCUCGAUGUACCUCUAGCAACUUCUGAGUUGUGGCCACCCGAAGAUAUUUCGCGGGCGCUGGAACUUGGUACAGGUCCUGUAGCGCCUAUGAAAUGGCCACGGACUGUUGUUCAUAGGAUUGACCAGAUGAUCCAGCAAAACGGAAGCAACCUUGCCCUCAAGGAUGGCAGUGGCAAGAGCUUGACCUACAACGAUAUGGGCCGCCGCAUUGACUCGAUUAUCGCGGCUUUGCGCCAGGCAGGGACCCCGAAGGGCUCUGUUAUUGGUGUGAUGCAGGAGCCUAGUGUUGAUUCGAUUUGCUCAAUGUUGGCUGUCUUCCGUGUUGGUGCAGUUUAUAUGCCGUUUGAUCAUCGUAUCUCCAUCGAUCGGGCACAGGGUGCAAUCCAUAAGGCUAACCUGGCUACACGCCAGCACAUUCCGCGCACACCAAACUUGGCAGAUGGUAGCUCGCCUGCUAUUAUCCUGUUAACCGGUGGCUCUACCUUUGAGCCUAGCCUAGUCAAGCAUGCAAGCAUCAUCCCCCAGCUUGAGGCCUCUUCAAUGCAGUACAACUUCUCGAACGAGAGACCACUAGUCGCGCUUCAGCACUCGGCCAAUUCCACUGAUCUGUCGCUCACGCAAACCCUCGAUGUAUUGUGCAACGGAGGAAGCUUGAUCAUCCUGCCCGCCAACAGACAGGGAGACCCCGUUGAGAUUGCCAAAACAAUGCAAGAAGAAAACAUCAGUUACACGUUGGCGGCUCCAUCCGAAUACCAGAAUUGGCUCAGCUGUGCAGCGGAACAACUUCGAAAUUGUCCUCGCUGGACCCUCGCCAUUACGACAGGUGAAGGAGUCCCUCAGAAGCUCUUGCAAAGCUUCCGUGCUCUUGACAGCCCGUCUCUCCAGCUUCUCAACCUCUACAGUCCGGUUGGAACAUGUUUCGGUUCCACUUGGCAGGGUCUAGUUGAGUAUCGCAAGUCAGACGCGAAGUCACCCGUCGCCGCUGGGUAUGCUUCACCCAACCAGGCAAUCUACAUCGUGGAUGUCGAGCUGCGGCCUCUUCCAGUUGGUGUCCCAGGUGAGGUGCUCAUCGGGGGCGCUGGUAUUGCUGAUUGCUAUGGCAAUAUGUAUAGUACAAUGAAGGAGAGGUUUAUUGAGUCUCCCUUUUCUCAAAGGGACAGCAACUUCACUACCAACAAGUGGGAAACCGUCUAUCGCACUGGAGACCGUGGUUACCUACAGAAGGACGGUGCCCUUGUCCUAGUUGGCCGUUCAGAUGGUGCCACUCAGGUCAAUGUUCGCGGCUUCCAGGUUGAUUUAGAAGAGGUCGAAAACGCCUUGAUCGAGGCUUCUGGGGGAUUCUUAACCAAUGCUGCGGUCACCCUGAGAGAACAUGGUGAGGAUCAAUUUUUAGCUGCUCAUGUUGUCUUUUCCAAUCCGACGUCUCAGAAAAACUCCCAGGAAAUGCUGUUGGACAACCUCUUGAUGCGUCUGCCCGUACCAGACUAUAUGGUUCCGUCGGCUAUUGUAGUCUUGGAGGAAAUGCCAUUGGAUUCUCACUACAGAGUGGACCGAACUGCCAUCUGCCAGCUGCCUAUUGAUGAAUCUAAUGUGGUGACCCCGACUAGCCGAGAAAUGACAUCGACGGAGACCAGUCUUGCCGAGGUCUGGAAAGGUGUCCUUUGUGCCUCUGCCACUCCGACCCUUACUCCCAGCUCUGACUUCUUUCAAGUUGGGGGUACAUCGCUGCUGAUUGUGAUUUUGCAGCGCGCAAUCAAGGAGCAAUAUAAGGUCGCACUACCAGUAACCGAGCUGGUGGCUACCAAGAGACUCGCUGAUAUGGCCCGUUUGAUCGAGGGGAAAGGGGUUUUUGUCUAGGCGUCUUUACUCAGGGUGUAUAUGCUAGUGGAUAUAUUUCCCAAAGGUUGGAACGUAAUUCUCCAUGGCAGACUACUUAGCUAUGAUGAUAUUAGGACAGACAAAAAUUUUCCGGCGUUGUAUCUCAGCAGUAGCUAUUCAGUUUGCAAUGAUGAUUUGGCGCAGUGGUCUUUUAUUGUGUGCAUAUCUUAGAGGUGGAGAAAGAGAGAUAAGGACAUGAUGGAAGAAUUUUCACUGUCGUCAUCUAACAGAAACGGGAAAGACGGAUGCCUGGCUGCCCGUCUCCUCGCUUCUCCCUUGACUCCUUCCACUUCACCCUACCAUGCCAAUUCUGUCUUCGAAGAGAGCCCACCCCACCUGAUUCCUUCCUAUGUAUCCUACAAUAAGCACGACCUGACCCAGUCCCGAAAUACAACAAAACACAAAAAGAGAAUAACAUAAACAGUGUAAGAUACCGGGGAGGAAACGCGACUUGGCUCAGCCCUAUAAGGCACGCCAA